CAAUUUUUAUGCUUCUCCAGGGACAGCGCUGCAAACGCAGGCGAGGAAGAAGAAGGAGAAGGAGAAGGAGAGAAUGCGAUCCACUGGGCAGGAGGGGGGAGGCAUGCUCGACAAGGAAUAAUUAGGGCUCUUCUUCCCUUGCCUGCCUUUAACUCUUCUUCUCUCUCUUCUCUCUUCUUCUUCUUUCUCCCGAAUAAAUUCUUUCUCCACUGCCGCAAGAAAGGCACAUCGCCUACCCGGGUGGUGGUGGCGGCGGCGGCGGAAAGCUCCGAUCUUUGUCUCCAUUUGCCCUUCUCAAUUCCUCCUCUGGGUUCCUCGAUGUGAUAUUGUGUGUUGGAGUAACUCCCAGACAGGCGAUUGGAGCUCGUUGCGCCGGUGAUUUACGUGCACUCUUCUUGGGUGGCUGAUUAUUGAGCGUCUCUCGUAUGAGGAACAGUCGGAGAGUCGGCGAAAGCUCCAACAUUUGGGUGAAUUUGGUCGCCGCCCCGUUCAAUUUCGCCGUGGCGGCUCUGGAAUUCGCGAUGUGGAGCUCCUUCUGGUGCUUCAUGGCCAUCCUCUCCGCCAAUUUCUGAGCCCUCCACCCAUUUGUGGGGUCGUUUGGGGGGCGAUAGGCCACCGGCAACACUAGUGGUUGUGGCAAAAAGGAACAAAGCACCUUCUUGGGGUUGGGAUUAGGUGCAGUCCUGAGCUCAAAAGCGCUCGUUUGGUGGGAGCCUUUUGGGUUGCCUGUCAGUGUGUGCUCGGCUUCUUGCUGAGCCAGCUGAAUGGAGAUUGCUGGAAUUGGGGAUUGCUCAGCUUCCAACUGAGCCCAGAGAGAGAGGGUUUUCUUGAUUGCAUUGGAUUGGAUUAGAUUUCGCCAUGGAGGAGAGGUUACCCGAUGCGGAAGGCGGGGUCACCUGCAAUUUGAGAGGCGAGGAUGACUUCAGGAGCUGCUGUGGUGAUGAGGAUGAGUGGGAGGACACCGAGGAAUCCUUCACGGCCAGUGUUGCGAAGGGAGAGCUUGAUGAGGCCUCAGUGCGGUUGUUCUUCAAGGGCGUGUCGACCUCCGAGGCGGAGGGGAAGAAACAGUCUGGGAUUGGGGUGGUGAUGGAGAGGUCAGCUGGGGUGCCUAUGCUUCAAGUCCAGAAGAAGCUGGACUUCUAUGUGGAUGAGCUGGUGGCUGAUCACUUGGCACUGAUGGAUGGCCUGUCGGUUGCGUUGCAGAAUGGCAUACGGAAGAUCUUCGCUUUCACAGAUUCAGAGAAGCUGUACUUUCAGAUUGCGGAAGCUGAAAUUCUGGAAGACCAGCUCUUGGUAGCUUUAGGACAUAGAAUUCUUGAACUAGUUGAUAAGCUGGAAGACUUUGAUAUAAUAUUGCUUCCUGGCUUUGAGCUUGAGAGGCCGCUGCAGUUGGCCAAAGAAGCGAUAGGCAUCAUGUAUCUAUCCCCGUAUGAGGUUGGCACCUGUCCUAUUUGCUGUGAGGAAAAACGAGGCGCUCAGAUGAUCAAAAUGGGUUGUUCUCAUACGUUUUGCUAUAGCUGCUUGAAUGCAUAUGCUCAAGAGAAGCUGCAAGCCUCCAAGAUUCCUAUAAGAUGCCCACAGUUAAGGUGUAAAUAUCAUAUUUCUCUUAGUGAGUGUAAGUCAUUCAUUCCAGUUAGCUGCUAUGAUUCUCUGGAGAGAGCUUUUGCGGAAGCUGGCACGCCAGACAUGGAAAGAUUUUAUUGUCCCUUUCCAAACUGUUCAGUUCUAUUAGACCUUAGUCAGCACUUCUCUAGGGCAAGUUCCUCAAGUCAGUCAGACCUCAAUUGCGUUGAGUGUCCAGAAUGCCAUAGGGAUAUCUGUAUCAAUUGUGGAGUGCCAUGGCACAUCAUGAUGGGCUGUGAUGAGUACCGGAGCUUGCCUGUUGAUGAAAGAGAUGCAGGAGACUUGUCUUUGCAUCGGCUAGCACAAAACAAUAGGUGGAGACGCUGUCAGAGAUGUCGGCGAAUGAUUGAACUCACACAAGGUUGCUUCCACAUGAAUUGCUGGUGCGGGCAUGAGUUCUGCUACUCCUGUGGGGCUGAGUACACCAAUGGUAUACAGACAUGCCAAUGCGUGUUCUGGGACGAAGAGAGCAUCGAGGCCUCCUCGGCUGCCCAUUCCACCCAAGCAUCGGAAAUAUGGGCAUGGGACACAUUCGACUGCAUGCCAACCGCCAUUGAAGGGUACUCGGAGCAGGAGAGAGCGCAGCUGGCCCUCAUUCAGAGGUUCCUCUCAGGGGGUUUCAACCUGGGUGAGCCUCCAAGCCAGUCGCCGCCCCGCUGCGCUGACUCAUAUAUCAUUGACACCAUGAAGGACCUUCACCAGCUGCCAUGGCUUGAGCGGUUUGUUUCGGUGAUCAGUGACAGCUACAAUGAGGAUUACAUCCAGUGAAAACAACAUAGAUAGCAUUAAGAAGAAAACAAAUGGCACAUACUUGAGUUUCAUUUGGAAUAAUAUAUAUGUUUCCAUGCCCUUGUUGAAAAUCGAUACAGGAAAAGUACUGAGAUGGUUCUAUACCUCGGUUGAGUUUUUCCUAUUGUAUUCCUCUUCUUUUGGUUUAGUGCAUAAGCAAAAAGAGUUGCCGUCACUGAGAAUAUUUUCUUUUGGGUUAAUUGCCAAGUGUGUAGAUGCUUGUUUUUCUAGUGAGCAACACAUGCUUGGGUUGGUUUCA